CUUCUCUGACAGACGCACGCGCUUUCUCUAUUCUCUCCAUCUAAGGCGCAGUCUGCCUUUCUUCAUCGGACGACAAAAAAGUCUCACGACAUAUCAGAGAACAAAACAGAGGAGGAUUUACCUGUGGUGGUUAAAAAGAAAAAAGGGUUUCUUCAUAAAAAAAAAAAGAAAGCAAGAAAGGAAUACCCACGGUGUUUGUGUUAGCUACCAGCAGCUGAAAGAUUGCUUCAAAACUUACCUACCAGCCUACCUACCUACCGGAGAGGCACUGCCUGCAUCCGAUAAGGGAUCUGGUUCGACAAAUACGAGCCAAGGGUGGGGGUGUGGAAAGGAGAAAAAAAAGGAAGAUAGAAAAGACACUGAAAAGAGUGACUGUGAUAACUCACUAGGAGGAAAAGGGUCAGGAGGAAAGUCAAAGUAGAAGUGAAUUCUUUUGCGGCGGAGUGUGAACACAGGGAGGGAAAGCUAUAUUUGAAGCGUUAAAGGACUCUACUGAGCACGUUGCGGAGGUAGACAUUAACCUGCAUCCCAUUACUUCGUUCGUGAAUACUUAACGGGCUAAUUGCUACGAGGGUUUCUAUGGUAGAAGCACAAGGCGUGCAGAGCGCGGAGUAAGGUACAGAGGACGAACGCCAGCUCGGGUGCGCAGUGUAGAGAAGGCAGGAGACCGAGGAGGGAGUCCCGUGGAUUUUUUUUUCUUUUUUUACGGAGCUUCGCGGUGUGAAUGGCCAUCACGAUGUGUGUCCCGACGCUUCUGUUCCUGCUGUGUCUCCUCUGCGCUGGGGGUGCUCAGAAGUUUUCUGCGCUCACGUUCCUGCGGGUGGACCAGGACAGGGAGUGUCACAUGGACUGCUCCAGCGUCCCGCGCAAGCCCCUGUGUGCGUCUGACGGCAGGACCUUCAUGUCGCGCUGCGAGUUCCUGCGCGCCAAGUGCCGCGACCCCGAGCUGGAGGUCAGCCGCGGACCCUGCAAAGACACGUCCAGGUGUGUGGCUGAGAAGAAGUACACCGAGCAGCAGGCCAAGAAGCUCUUCCCACAAGUCUUUGUUCCCGUCUGCAACCCUGACGGCACCUACAGCGAGGUGCAGUGCCACAGCUACACUGGCUACUGCUGGUGCGUCACGCCCAACGGCCGGCCAAUCAGCGGCUCCGCUGUGGCCAAUAAGAAGCCGCGAUGCCAAGGGUCAAAACUGGAGAAGGUGAACCCAAAAGAACCAGGAAAAUCAGUCUCCUUGCAAAUCUUUUCCAUUCUGAAUACAGAUGAAACUACCGGAUUAAUCGUGGAGCCUCCGCCCUCAACAGACGAAGAAGACAUCAUCUCCCAGUACCCCACUCUCUGGACAGAACAGGUCCGGAGCAGGCAGAACAACCGGACCAGAGCACAAGCCUCAUCCUGUGACCAGGAGCAGCAGUCCGCCCAGGAGGAGGCGCGCCAGCACAAGAACGAGGCGGUGUUCGUGCCCGACUGCGCCCACGGCGGCCUCUACAAGCCCGUCCAGUGCCACCCGUCCACCGGGUACUGCUGGUGUGUGCUGGUGGACACGGGACGCCCCAUCCCAGGCACCUCCACCCGAUACGAGCAGCCUAAAUGUGAUGGGAACGCAAGAGCUCACCCCACCAAACCAAAGGACCUUUACAGGAGCAGACAUCUUCAAGGGUGUCCCGGGCCCAAGAAGACGGAGUUUCUGACCAGUGUGCUGGACGCACUGAGCACGGACAUGGUGCACGCGGUCACCGACCCCGCCUCCGCAGCCAGGAUGUCAGAGCCUGACCCCAGCCACACGCUGGAGGAGCGCGUGGUGCACUGGUACUUCAGCCAGCUGGAUAAGAACUCCAGCGGCGACAUCGGCAAGAAGGAGAUCAAACCCUUCAAACGGCUUCUGCGCAAGAAGUCCAAGCCCAAGAAGUGCGUGAAGAAGUUUGUGGAGUACUGCGACCUGAGCAACGACAAGGCCCUGUCCCUGCUGGAGCUCAUGGGCUGCCUGGGGGUCACCAAGGAGGACGGGCCAAAAACUGGUGAAAGCACUACUUCCAGUAAACAGAAUGCUUCUAAAAAACAGGGCUGAAGGGGACUGGCUGAGGGGACCAGAGCUUCUCCCUCCUAGAGCUCCUGUGCUCACCAAACAGCGAUGGAAACCAUAGUAUUUGCACUUUGUACUUUACGAUGUAAAUUCACUUUGUAGAGAUGAGGUAUUUAAACAGACUGCUGAAUCUGUGAAUGACAUAGUUAGCUUUUUUUUAUGUCUUAAAAAAAAAUAAUUUAACACAUACAAUGUAUGUGUCCUUCAAGUCUAAAAGGAAUACUUUUUUUUUCUGAGUUGUACAAGUUUUCAUGUAUUUGUGUUCAAUUUUGUUACAGUACUUGUUUUUUUUUAUUUUAUAUUUUACAGCAGGAUAGGUUGGAGAAUGUGUGAAACCAUAACGUAGGAACCUUCUUGUAUGUUUUGACUUUAGCAACCUUGCCUUGCUUUGUAUAGUAGUUCUUCUCAGUGUGCAUUAAAUAUGACAUUUGUUCUUGAGGCUGAUUUCACAUAAUUGGGAAAUAAAUAACUCUCUUUUCUUUCUUUUUUUACAUA